CGGACCAAAGGGCGGGAUGCCGGCGCGCUCCCAUUGGCUGGCGCUGGCCAAUGGGGUGUGGGCGCGGGCUCUGCGCGGGCAGGAUGGCGCGCACGAAGGCGGCGGCCGGGCCCGGGCGGUUCCGGAAAGUUCUGGUCGCCCGCGCUCCCCGGAAGGUGCUGGGCUCCACCAGCCUCAAUGCGGGACCGUCGCCGAGCGCCAGGAGAGGCGACGGCCGCCGCGGCGCGGGGAACCCGGUGUGCGUGAGGCCCGUCCCCGCCUGGCAAAGAGGCAUCGGCGAGUUCCUGCGGCUGCCGCGGAAGCAGACCCGGGCGCCCGGCGGGGAGGCGGCGGGGAGCAGCGGGCUGGGAACGGCGGACAGGACAGCUCGCCCCCCACCACCAGCCCCUGCAGACGACGGGGAGUCCUCUGAAGAAGAGUUAGACCUGACCUGAGCCCGACUUAGCGCUAAACCACACGUCUCCCAUGCUUCAGCUGUUACUUGUAUUAUUUGUGCAGCUUUUUACAGUCCUGGCUUAUGUUCAGCUGUUGUGCAGAACUACGAGAGGCUGCGAGAAUGUUGGAGCAGAAUGACGGAGAAAUUAAUAUAUACCUUUUGAAGCUUCACAUUCAGUGCAAGUCACUGGGUUUUAACUCGGUUUCCUUGAGUUCCUCAGCGACUCCUGCGUAUCGCGCGGCUUUCAGCUUUUGUUUGCCUUGUGCCUCACACUUCCGUGAUUGUCCUUGUCCUGGUUUUAAAAAGCAGAUCCUCAGUUUUCUAAUAUACCGAAGCACUCUGAAAAAUA